AUGUGGGACAUCCGUUUGCCUUCGACGGAUGUCCGACUUCCGUCGACGGAUGGCGAAGCUCGGAGAAGACCUACCGUUUCUGCUCGUAGAAGUCGGGCAGCUCCUAUCCAGCAUGACCCCAUAGCUGAGGAGCGAGCCGUUGAGGAACAAACAUAUGAGGCGUAUGAGACUCAUGGAGAGGAGCAUGCAGAUGUUCAUGACAUACAAGAGGAUGUCGCUGGAUUUCCUGGAGGUCCACACGAUCAUUCAUUGCUGAAGCACUAUGUUCAGCAUGUAGCUUAUGCUAUUUCCCAAGGCCGGGAUCGAGGGGACACACUGAAGUUGAUCUCCCACGGAAAAAAAGUAAAUAAGUUAGGACCAUGCCACGAGGGAAUUCAAGACAUUGUGUUGAAUUCCAGUUUGAUGCCUCUUACAGGGAUUUGUUAUGAUUACGUUGAUAAGGGGUUACUCCUCGGAUUCAUAGAGAGGUGGCAUUUUGAGACCAGUAGUUUCCAUCUCCCUAUAGGGGAGAUGUCGAUUACUCUUGAUGACGUCUCGACAUUACUUCACCUGCCCGUGAUGGGACAAAUGUGUGAUUUGGAGGAGUUGGAGUUUGAGGAGGCUCGUACAGCCCUUGUGCAACUGCUCGGCGUUGAUGGUGGCACAGCAGGUGCUGAGAUGGAGGACGCACGUGGUCCGAAAGUCAGACUCAGCUGGCUUAGAGAGAUAUAUGUUCAGAGGAUGUACGAUUUUUGCAAAUAA